AACACGGUCACACUGCUCUGCGCUGUUUUUUUCCUUCGCAUCACGUUAAACAUUCUUAAACAGUCAAUUUCACUUUAAAAGCUGUAUUUUAAAGUGAAAACGUGCACAGAAGCUUUUAGCUGCGAAUUUAUAGUCGAUAACUAGUUAAAGGUAAGCAAGCCGCAGAAAUGGCCGACAAUGACGAUCUUUUGGACUACGAGGAUGAGGAGCAGACCGAGACCACUGCGGUCGAGAACCAGGAGGCGCCCAAAAAGGAUGUCAAGGGCACCUACGUGUCCAUUCACAGUUCCGGCUUCCGUGAUUUCCUCCUGAAACCGGAGAUCCUGCGCGCCAUCGUGGACUGCGGCUUCGAGCAUCCCUCGGAGGUUCAGCACGAGUGCAUUCCGCAGGCCGUACUGGGCAUGGACAUCCUCUGCCAGGCCAAGUCCGGUAUGGGCAAGACCGCCGUCUUCGUUCUGGCCACGCUGCAGCAGCUGGAGCCGUCGGACAACAACACCUGCCACGUCCUGGUCAUGUGCCACACCCGCGAGCUGGCCUUCCAGAUCAGCAAGGAGUAUGAGCGAUUCUCCAAGUACAUGCCCACAGUCAAGGUUGCUGUCUUCUUUGGAGGAAUGGCUAUUCAAAAGGACGAGGAGACCCUCAAGAGCGGCACCCCGCACAUUGUGGUGGGCACCCCUGGCCGAAUUCUCGCCCUCAUUCGCAACAAGAAACUCAAUCUGAAGCUUUUGAAGCACUUUGUUCUCGACGAGUGCGACAAGAUGCUGGAGCAGCUGGAUAUGCGUCGUGACGUUCAAGAGAUUUUCCGUAGCACGCCGCACGGCAAACAAGUGAUGAUGUUCUCUGCCACAUUGAGCAAGGACAUUCGUCCCGUUUGCAAAAAGUUCAUGCAAGAUCCCAUGGAGGUCUACGUCGACGAUGAGGCCAAGCUGACGCUGCACGGACUGCAGCAGCACUAUGUCAAUCUGAAGGAGAACGAGAAGAACAAGAAGCUGUUCGAACUGCUCGACGUGCUCGAGUUCAAUCAGGUGGUCAUCUUUGUGAAGUCUGUGCAACGUUGCGUGGCGCUGUCGCAGCUGCUGACGGAGCAGAACUUUCCCGCCAUCGGCAUCCAUCGUGGUAUGACCCAGGAGGAGCGUCUGAAUCGCUACCAGCAGUUCAAGGACUUCCAGAAGCGCAUUCUGGUGGCCACCAAUCUCUUUGGCCGCGGCAUGGACAUCGAGCGCGUGAACAUCGUGUUCAACUACGACAUGCCCGAGGAUUCCGACACCUACUUGCAUCGCGUGGCCCGUGCCGGUCGCUUCGGCACCAAGGGACUGGCGAUCACCUUCGUUUCGGACGAGAACGACGCCAAGAUACUUAACGAAGUACAGGAUCGUUUCGAUGUGAACAUCAGUGAGCUGCCCGAGGAAAUCGAUCUCUCUACAUACAUUGAGGGACGCUAGACGUCGAAGGUGCAUGAUAAUUGGAACAGAACAGUACUGCGUAAGAUAAAAUGCACUUCGAAUAGAUACAAAACUAAAACCUUUUUUAAAACCCUACUUUAUAACUAAAUAAAAACUAUUCAGACAAUGUGUUGACAAACAGAAGCGGA